AUGGGAGGAACUACAUCUGCUCCAUUGGUGGAAGUGUUUAGCUACAAAGGCAAGCGGUACCAAGUAGACGCCACAGGAACUCAAUUGGAAGUAAUUGAUAUUGAAGGAGAUGAUGGCGAAUGUGAUAGGUUACCUCCACACUUUAAACACUGUAAAGUUAUGGUUAUUGACUCAAUUAAGUCAGGAACCGGGAGAUCGAAAGUCAAUGAUAUAUACGGAAAGAUUCUCGGACCAAUAUUCAAAGACAUAGAAUUGGAGCACGAAUACAUUAAGACCAAAACCUCUACAAGUAUUGAGGAGUUGGCUAUGAGGUUUCCCAGGGACCCAGCGCUCUUGAUCUUCCUCAGUGGAGACACUUCUAUAAACGAAUUUGUAAAUGGCUUGAAUAUUGAAGGGAAUGAAAAAGGGGGAGGACAGGAUGCUACUCAGUUGGUGAUCUUUCCUAUUCCGGUAGGAACGGGGAACAGUCUUCUGUUGUCGUUUGAGUUUGAUGAAGUUGUUGUAGCCCUUAAGAAGCUUUUCAGUCACGAUACAUCCAUCAAGCCACUUUACACUUAUGAAGUCAAAUUUCCCCCUGGUUCUUACCUCACUUUGGAGAACACUAAAGUCAGAGACUUGACAACACCGUUACGGUUUCUUGUAGUAUUAUCGUGGGCAUUCCAUGCAGCCAUUGUGGCUGAUAGUGAUACGCCAAUGCUUCGGAAGUUUGGAGUUGCCCGGUUUAAGAUGGCUGCUAUGAAGAACUUAGCUAGCAAAGAAGUGUACGAGGCUACGACAUCUGUCAAUGACACUGCUAUAGACAUUACUCAAUAUGGAUAUUGGUUAGUGACACCAGCUAGGAAGUUUGAAAAGACCUUUGUCAUUCUGCCUGAUGGUGAUAUUAUGAAGGAUGAGUUGUAUCUUGUGGCUUUCAAUAAGAAUCAAGACAUUCUUUCGAUAAUGAAUCAGGUCUAUGAUAACGGCAAACACACGACCAAUGAAAAUGUCAUCUACAGGAAGCUUACAAGGGAGGAUAAGCUUGACUUACAAUUGGAUGGUGGUGUUAGCAAUUCUAGAUUCUGUGUGGAUGGGAGUAUUGUAAAUGUACCCGGUUCUGAUUCUGGUAGUCAUGUUUCUGUACUGUUUUCUGGAAACCAUAUUAAUGGUUGGGACUUGUUUGUGGUGAGUUAA